AUGAAGAUCCCACACGGCGACUGGAAGGACUGGGAGGUGUACCUGGAGUACGUCGACACGGGCGCCAAGAUCGAGGAGGGCCCGCACACGUACCUCUCCGCCGAGGAGGCCAGGCGCCCCACCUACAUCGUACGCGUCCACCUAGAGAAGAACCGCCCUUUCCGUGGGGUCGUGAAGAGCCCGGGGAUCGACGAGGCUGGCACGGGUGCGGGUCCUUUCCUAUCCAAGGCAGUUCCGCUGCGCGGGUGGCUCAUCGUCAACGACCGCGGAGAGAUUCUCGACGACGCGCACGAGGUCUACCUCGAGUACCUCGACAAGAAGCGUAUCCCUGAGCACGCUCCCGACGACCUGUCGGCAGAGCGUACUGGCAAUCGGCCCAUGGAUGUUGUCUACGCCGAAGUGGACUGCGAGAUUCCCUUCCGUAUCGUCGCCAAAAAGCCGCCAGGAGCGGUUAUCACUCACGACACCGUUAUUAGUGCCAUCAUCGACGGUCGUGAGCUUGGCAACAGUCGUUUGUACCACCAGGUGUCGGACAAAACCGAAGUGCAGCACGAAAGAUGGGUGGACAAGCAUUGUGGAGAGCUGUACGACAUGAACUACAAGUUCUCCUCCCUUCUCUUCAUGGAGGACGGGCCAAUCCCAAAAGAGCUUCUCUACUAUGGCUCGGUCAUUGUCAACCUCGAGGCCGGCACGGGUGGUGUGCCAGAGCGGACCACCGACGUGUAUGUGGAUGGAAAUGUCCUCUAUCGCACUCAGCCCUCCGGGGUCUACUCCAACUAUAAGCGCAACCAUAGCAUCCCCAAGGCCACCGUUGUAUUCAAGUAUGGAACCAGGGCUAUGCUCGUGAAGAAUGGGGUCAUCUCGAACACGGUUGGCUACCAAGUCGAUUCCUCGUCGCCCAAGCCCUCAAAGACGUCGCCCACGACCUCCUACGGCGGCAAGACGUUCAAGCCCGGUCCCAACCCUCUCACGGUCAUUUACGACCCGGAGGUUCACUACGACUCGUAG